AUGCUGGCUGACAGUAAGGCCCAUGGCAUUUCGUCUCGCUGGCGCCUGAAAGAAGACGUGGGUGGGCUCCAAACAUGCCACGUGGAAAAAGCUCUUCUCAAACGUGUAGGCCUUCAGAAGAAAGCACCAUUCGGUUCCCACACGCAUCACAGCCCACAGGUGGAAGAGAUCAGGACUUCGCCACCGCCGCCACCAACCGACACGAACACCAUGAGAAAACAGGAAACAUCGGCGAUGUCACGCAUGAAGAAGGAUUGCCUUUGGUUGGCAGCUUCGAUGGAAGAGGGUUUUGGGUAUGUCAAAGCGCGAUUCAUCUCCCUGACGAAGAAGUUGACGGCCAGGAACGAGAAGGAAGCCACUGAAGCUGACCUAAUGGCUGCUAAGAUGCAGGUUGAAGCUGCUGACGCUGCCGAGGAAACCAAGAAGAGACUUGACAAAUCUAUGUAAUUGUAUCCAAUAUUAACUAAAUUACACAUGGUUUUAUGGUGCAAAGAUCCCAAAUUGCUUGAAAUAUUGCUUUUAAAGUUGAAAAAGGCUAGAAUUUAAUAAAACUUUCACAUGGCGAGGUUGAUGUAAAAUGGCA